AUGAAGAUCAUGGUAUUGAGGGUUCUUAAAGAAUCGCCAUUGAGGUUGAAAGUUGAACACAAAAGAUCAACCUUAAUGUCGAAACAAAUACUAAUGAAGGCCAAAUCGGGACAACGUGAAUAUGCCAUGACCGUAGGAAAGUUGUUGCGUUAUGGCAUUCAAGAAAAAUACGGGCCGUCAAUUGUGAUUAAAUCGAGGGAAGGUUCGCAAAAGUUUGCUAGAAGGGUCACAUGGAAAUAUAUUCCUGUGAAGGUCGAUAGGUUGCAUACGAUUGGUGAUGUGAAGAUGCAUAUUGAAGAAACCGAAGGGAUUCCUGUUUAUCGACAAAGGAUUGUGUUUAAGGGCAAGUGUCUUGGCGAUGAAGGUAGUUUGGCCGACUAUGACAUUCAAGACAGUUGUGUAUUGCAUCUCGUCGACUUGCUUUGA